GUGAUGUGGAAUUUGAAUGGUAUGGCAGCACACUGUGUAAUCAAUCACGGAUUCAAAAGAAUUUGUGCCGUCGGCUUAGCGGUGUUAUGUGUGCUGUGAUUUUUAAGUUAUGAAUACAAUUCGAUGGGUAAUUGAAAAUGUAACGUGAGAAUUAGGUUGUUUUUGUUUCUAUCAAUUCGAAAUUUGAAUUCUGUGCACAGUGAUUAACCGAUUACCUAAACAUAUUGUGGACUGUGGUAUUGAAGUGUUUUGAACAAAGAUUUUCGCGUUUCUAAUAAGGUUUUUAUGACAAUUAGUUAACAUUAUUUGUGGUUCUGGUGCAAAACAAGCGUGAUUAGUUCAGGUUCGCCGGUGAGGGAGAGGGAAGCGAGUGUCGAAUCAAAAUGCAGAAUUCUUGAAACCGCCGUCGCGUCGACUCGUUUUUGUUUUAAUUACGAACUAAAAUAUAAAUAAACAGCUCCAUCGAAUAUUAAUGUGAUAAAAGUCGUUUGUUGUGUUAAUAAUAUGAUAAGUACUUUACGUUCCGUUCAUUAAAUGCUCAAUAUCGCGCGUGAAUGCUUUCAAAACGUUUGAAAAUAAAACAGUUCCUCAAAAUGGCUAGUGAUUUAAAUAUAAUAUACGUCCAAAAAGUGAAUUGAUAUAGUGAUAAUUUGUGAAUAGUGUUGUGUUGUGUUUUUCGCGAGUAAAUGUUUGUUGUGGUUAAUCGAUUUGUCCGCGCGUUUAGUGUCAGCGCCAUCUAUUGUCGAGUAGUGAUGUUAAGUUGACGUGAUGGAGGCCGGUUUCAUACCGGUGGGUUCACCGGGCGCCGCGGGCGGGAACGUUCCGCCAGCUGCCGUUAUGGCGCCACCGGCGAAUGUGGUUCGCGCGCCGGGUUUGAAGCGCGGGAAAAUGGAGGAGGCCAUUUCCGAUAGGAUCAAAUUGGAGACGGUGCUGGGUCUGACGGUGAGCAGCAAUGCGGCGCUGGACUGCGAUCCGAAUACUGAACUCGUGGCCUAUCCAGCUGGGUGCACCGUGGUCCUGUACAACGUGCGCAAGAACCGCCAGUCACACGUGCUGAACGCGUCGCGCAAGAGCGUCACGUGCGUCGCGUUCUCGCCGGACGGCCGCUACCUGGCGACCGGCGAGUGCGGCCAUGCGCCCGCGGUGCGCGUGUGGGACCUGCAGGAUCCAAGUCAGUCUGGAGCAGUUCAGAUAGCAGAAUUCCCUGGUCAUACUCAUGGAGUUAAUUGUGUGGCUUUCUCCACAUCAUCCAAAUACCUAGUGUCGGUAGGAUCGCAGCAUGACAUGAUCGUCAAUGUGUGGGAUUGGCGGGCUAACCUGAAAUUGGCCAGCAAUAAGGUGUCGUCCCGUGUGAAGGCUGUCAGCUUCUCCGAGAGUGGCAACUAUUUCGUCACAGUUGGCUUCCGGCACGUCAAGUUCUGGUAUCUGGAAUAUUCUAGAAAUGCGAAGUUCAAAGAGCCGGUGCCGCUGAUGGGCCGCUCCGCGAUCCUCGGCGAGCAGAAGGACAACGAGUUCUGCGACGUGGCCUGCGGGCGCGGCGCCUGCGCCGGCAGCACGUACGCGAUCACGCGCGGCGGCCUGCUCUGCGAGUUCAACGGGCGCCGCCUGCUCGACAAGUGGGUCGAGCUGCGGACGGCGAGCGCGAACUGCAUGGCCAUCGGCUCGGGCUACAUAUUCGUGGGCUGCGCCGAGGGCAUCGUGCGCUGCUUCGCGCCCGACUCGCUGCGCUACGUCACCACGCUGCCGCGCACGCACUACCUGGGGGUGGACGUGGCGCAGGGGACGAACAUUAAUCACAUGUUCAGCCAGCCGCCGAACGCGCGGUACCCGGACGCGAUCGCGCUGACGUACGACGAGAGGAACCACAAGCUCACGUGCGUGUACAACGACCACAGCUUGUACGUGUGGGACGUGAGGGACAUAAAACGGGUGGGCAAAUCCCACUCGGCCCUGUACCACUCGGCGUGCAUCUGGGGCGUGGACAUGGUGGGCGCGGGGGCGCCGCUGCCCGCCGGCACCUUCCUCACCUGCUCCAGUGACGACACCGUGCGCCUGUGGAACCUGCACGCGGAACAGCCGAAUAUAUAUAGUAAUGAAUUGAACAAGGUAUUAUAUAUAGAUCCUGAAUUGAAAUUCCUAAAGGACGUCGAUCUGACGGCCACCAGCGACCGGGAUAAGUCGAAGACGUACGAUGAUAAGAUUGGCGUGAGAUGCGUCCGCGUAUCCCCGUGCGGUAAGCACAUAGCGGCCGGCGACAGGGCCGGCAACAUCUGGAUCCACCCCAGCGGGGGGAGUGGAACACCAGCUCACACCCUGGAGGCGCACGACGCGGAGGUGCUGUGCCUGGAGUACUCGGAGAGGCCGCGCCUGCUCGCCUCCGCCUCCAGGGACCGGCUGAUACACGUGUUCCUGGUGGACAAGGGCUACCAGAUACUCCAGACCCUGGACGAGCACUCGUCGUCCAUAACCGCCGUGAGGUUCCUCAGCUCGAGCAGCGGCCUGCAAAUGGUAUCGUGCGGUGCGGACAAGACGAUACUGUUUAGACAGUUGAAGAUGACGCAAGAUGGCGGUUACCAAUUCGCACGCGGUCAAAAUGUGUCGGGGCGGACUACUCUUUAUGACAUGGAAGUGGAUGCUGGGGGCAGGCAUAUACUCACCGCUUGUCAGGAUCGCAACGUGCGCGUGUACAGCGCGUCGCACGGCCGCCACACGAAAACCUUCAGAGGCACUACCGCCGAGGAUGGUACACUGAUCAAGGUGGCACUGGACAGCAGCGGUAUAUAUCUGGCAACAUCGAGUACAGAUAAAAUAUUGAGCGUCUACGACUAUUACUCGGGCGAGUGUAUGGCAACGAUGUACGGGCAUUCCGAGAUCGUUACCGGGUUGAGGUUCACGCCGGAUUGCCAGCACGUGGUGUCGGCGAGCGGCGACGGGUGCAUAUUCGUGUGGCGAAUAUCCAGGAAAGUGCCCCCGUCCAACGGCGUGUCGGGGCUGGAGAGCGAGACCGACUCGCACCUGGGCUCGCCGCCCCGGGACGUGCCGGGCGACGACAAGUUCGCCGCGCCCGUCGUGCCGGACUACACGUUGCGCAUUGGCCGCCUCCCGUCGUGGGCCAAGAAGAGUCUGGGCGACGACGUCAGCGCGCCCGCCGCGCCGCCCGAGCCGCCGCGCGGCAAGUGGGCCUCCAGGGUCUUGCCCGCAGAAAAAAGAGUAGACUCCGAUGGGUCCAAAGACAGUUCGCUAGACAGCGGUACCGACACGAGAUAUAUCGAAAAGCGACGAGAGCAGGGCGUCAAACAAAGGCCGAAAUCGCUCAACCUGUCCCAACUGCCGCGCGUCGAGGCACUGUUCCGAAACUUUGACAGAACGAUGCGGGCCACGUACGAUAUACUGACGAUAUCGCCGAGGGCGGAAAAGGUAACAAUAAAUAUAUCGAAAACGCGUACGCCGGAGACGCGUACGCGGCAUCACACGGACGACUCCUCACUUGGCAGUCUCAAGUUUGAGGAUCAGGAAUCGACGGAACACGACGGCGACGUGGAGGAUAUAUCGGAUGGUGAGAGGACGUCUUCCUCGGAGCGUGGGAAUCGGCCGACGUACUAUCCGGGGAAUAAUGAUGAAGAGACACCUAGCGAGUUCAUGGUGACAGCAAUGGACGCAACCGAACUGCGGCAGUCGAUGCGGCGUUCGAAACGCUGGGCGGGCGAAACGCCGCGUCUGGAUCUGCCGCCCGCCGCCUCGCUGAGCGGCUCGCCGCACGACUCGGAGGAUGAUGAGGUAUCCACCCCGUCGGGCGACAACGCGGACCGCAACCCGCUGUCCGGCUCGUGUGAGUCCAUAGACACGGCCGGGAGGCGAGAGAAGUAUAUCAAAUCGGCUUUCGAUAGUCUCAGCGGCGUCGAUGUAGAUGGCGCUGCUCAAACCGGCCACAACUCGCUGUCAGCGAAGCACUUGCGAGGCCCGACGAUUAGACCGGAUCCGGAAGCCGCGAGGAAAAGGGAGGAGUUGCAGAGGAGGAUACUGGAGACCAGGCGGCAGCUGGAGAGUGUCGCAUUCCGUUCAAACCUCAAAUCGAGUCAGUCCACAACAGACCUCUCGUACAUACCCGAAAAGGAUGGCUCGAAACGCAACACUCGACCCGUCUCCAUGGCCGUGCCGAGCAAUAGUAGACCCUAUGGACCAGGAUUCCAUAACGCCCCCGUUUAUCAGGAGGAAAACUUUGACAGCCUGUCGAGUUGUUUCUUUGACAGUCUUAAUUAUCACAACCUAGACUAUAGGAACAAAAACCCUUACGCCAUUCCCGCGAACCUGAAUCACAAAAUUAUCCCGGACUAUUAUGAUAAUUCCCAAGCUUACAUAUCGCCACGACCGAACUUACAACCCGAUAAACACAUGAACAUACAUACAAACAAACCAAUGUACAAGGAACACAAGCAGAACACGGCGUUCACAAUAGACAUGAAAAAGACGAAUUCGAAAGUAUUCAAUCGGCUGUUCCCAACCAAUGAGGAUAAAGAGCCCCCCAAAAUACCGCCCAGGAAUUUCCAUUUAAACUUGAACGAGAAGCCACAGACUAAAACACCGAAACCGAAUGCCAGAAGCAUAUUUAAGAAUUACAAAUCUUGUCCCGUUUCGCCUGUCUCUGAGGAGUGCAAGUGGGCGGAUAAAGUGCCACAGACUGAAAAUAGCGAAAAACGGAAACAAAACGUGUUCGAUGCUAAAAAACGCAACUCGCUCAGUUUCUUUGUCGGGUUGGACAAGAUGAAGGAGAGCCGGAGCAUCGUGGACACGAUAAAGAGUGAUACGGAGAAGAUGAUUGCGGAAAUAACGAAGAAAUAUGGGGAUCUGGACGAUUUUGAACCUAAUUCGCAGGGGGAUUUAGAUCUGCAACCGACUAAAGAGGAGAAAGAGGACGGCAAUUUCUCCUCUGAUUCGCUAGAAGAUUGCAGCUUGAGUCAGGACGUGAGCUGUAAAAAUAAAUUGUAUUCUAAGAAAAUAUGUAAGAAACACAAUAAAGGGAAGGGCAUGGCUAGACGCUCCGUUUCAAACUACGAAAUUUACGCUGGCACUUAUGAAAAGCCUAAAAUACCGGCGAAACCGACGAUCGAGCAAAAAAGUUCUACAUUACCUAGGAACAUGCCUUCGAAUCUAGACGACAUAAUGGACGAGGAAGUGCAUAGAAAUUAUUCCAUGUAUAGAUGUCAGAGCGUGCUAACUAAGCGAUGCAUUACGCGGUCUAAUGAAUCGGUGCUGAGCGAUCAUUCUAACUGUUCUAGUGUGUCUAACGAAAUAUUCCUAAAAUACGGCAACGAAGUGGCAUUCCAGCAAGCCAAAUAUAUGGACAGCCGCUACAAUCUGAACGGUUCGCAAAAUUGUUCCUAUGAAAACAUCAAUGAACCAGAUGAGAGGUAUCUAGAGGCUCACAGACACAGCAGCGCUAGUUUCUUUUUGAAUCAGAAGAAAUAUAUGAAGAACAGCUGUAGCCAAGAAUCCGUGUUAUCAGAUGAGUUCUUGGAUAACGAACAACAGUUAUCGCGUACAAAUUGCAAUUCCCUAGAGAGUGUUCUGUCGGACGACUCAGAAUGUACAAAAAGCGCUCCGUUGGAAAUGCUUUUUGAAGGCAAGAGACCCCACACCCAAAUAGCUAACAGUCAAAGUUGCUAUGAGUUCGAUAACACGUCGAAGAGUUAUGGAUCUAGUCCCAAUAACGUGCCCUAUCUAACUGGUUAUAUGUAUAAUAAUUAUUUCGCGGAAUCGUCUACUUCAAGGGUCGAUUAUCAUGAACCGACACCUGUUGUAGCCCAAAAGCCGCCAGUUCAUAAAGUUUACGGUUUCGAAGUACCAACCUCAGAGUUUUCUGGACAUAAAACCGUGACGAGGUCUAAAAGUCUGUAUGAUUCCGCUUCAAAACAACCACCACCGCCUCCCAAAAAUAUCGCGUAUUAUUUUGACGGUAGUAAUGUAAAACAGUAUGCUGGUGAGAAGAAAGGUUUCGAUGAUAUACCUAGAUUAAAAACAAACGAUUAUAUGGCGAGUACUAGCAAGUCUUUACAGCCAAAGUUUGCUGAAAAGAAUAAAUAUAAAAGUGAAAUGGUUGGAUGUGAACCAAAUACAAUGGUCAAAUCUAAGAGUUGUAGCUUUGAAGUGGUCUUAGAACCGGCAUCGAAACCGAAUCCUUUGAAAAAUUUAAUGGAAAAACGAAAUUCUCACGUACAAAAGAAUUUGGAGAAAUUUGAGGAACAAAUACGCAAAAAUACACAAUGCAAAAUUAAUAAAAAUCAGCUGAAUAAAGAAAAAGCAAAUGUCGCCAAAUACAAUAAUACAACUAAAAGUCUAGAAAGAGAUUCGGGCCAAAAACAUAAUAAUAACAACAACAACAACAACAAUAACAAUAAAAUAACGAUGGAAUUUGUUCCACAUAAGCCACCUAAGCCCAUGAAAAGAACAUCCUCUACAAAAACUAAUAACAGACUUAAAAGUAACUUGGAGAAAUCUGGUCUAAGUUCAUCGAUAUCUUCCCAGUACAAGGCGAAACUCGAUGGUUUACAAAAUAAAAAUUACAUAACAAACAAUAAAAAACUUGAAGAUAAAAAUUCUAAUAGAAUGGAUCAAGACAACGUAGAAAAAACUUUUGAUGUGUUUGUCAAAGAAAGAGAGAUUAAUGAUAAUAAAUGUGAAAUGCAAAUGGAUAGUCUAGAAGUAUAUGCAAUGCAGAAAUUGGAAAGAAAAAAGCAAAUGAGCAUGGACUCUCUUGACGUGAGCGACGAUAAUCAUGAUUUUGCCAAGGAUUCUUUAGAUUAUUACGCGGAACAAGAUAAUAAAUACUAUGAAAAGACCAAGAAAGAUAUAUCGAAUCUCAGAAUGACCAGAAAUGAAUUCGACACUGCAACACCAUGUCAUAGUAAACAAAAUAAUGAAUCAAAGGAAAAUAUAGCUCCUGAAAGUGACGAAGUGAAGAAAUACAAGUAUAUAGAAAGAAAAUUAGAAAUUAUUAAUAAAUUAGUUGAAAUGGAGGAACGUAAAAUAUUGCAAGAGAAGAUAUUUAAAGAGUGGCGAAUGAAACCGCUAGAAGCGAAUAUAAAUGACGGAAAAGGCGUAGUAAAAGUGUUAUCGCAGAAGUUUGAAAAGCUAGCUACAAAACAGACCACCGUCCCCAAUUUUGCGUCGCUCACUUUGGAAGAAGCUACAGAUGAUCAAAGUAUAGAUACAAAAGAGAUUAAACGCAAUUUGAGUCUGCCUGAUAUAUUAGACACAGAACAGAUUGGCUUAACAGUCGGUGGUGCUGACAUAUCAAACGAUAGCGCAAACAACAUAAUAGAAGUAGAAGAGGAGCAAUUAAAUAACACUGUACAAAAUGAAAUUCAACCACCGAAACCGUUGCCACAGAGGGUCUAUAACGAGAUGGUGUUUCCGAAAACAGAUGUCCAUCUAGACAGUGAGAAUUACGAGUCGUCCACCACAAGUUCGAGUUGCACAAAUUCACCCAAACGCAUGUCGCUCUACGGUUUUAACAGACCAAAAGUGCCGUUUCGGAAAAUGAUACGCCACCCGGUCCCUAGACUAUGUCUAGAGAACCAGAUGGCUAGAAUGCGACCGCCGUUUUGUUCCGGGAAUGCCGUAAGGGGCUUAGCGAGAAAGUUGCCUAUAGUCCCGGUGCUGCCGUCAAAAUUUCCAACGCCUUCAGGUUCGGAAAGCAUGAAUAGAUGUCGUGUCGGUUCUUUUUUUAUUUGCGCUUUGUAUAGUGCGAAUCCUAGUCCGCGCACGCACCUCUCGCCGCCCGAGCAAGAGAGCGAGACAGGUAUGCGUCGCGCUAUCUCACUCUCGGACCUCGCGGCCAAGCCAGUGCCGGCCCCCAGGACGCCGCAAGGUCAAUCGAAACCAGCACAAAACAGCACGAACGCGAGCAAGUCGCCGGGCGGCGGGUUCGCGCGGCCGGCGCCGCGGUACAACAACAAGUCUAGCAUGACACGGAGCAAUAGUGUCGGAGUGUUGAAUCAGAGCGACUCCGAGUCGGACCCGCAGCCGACGCGCCAGCGCGGCGGCGGGCUGAUGCGGCCGACUAUCAGUUCCAUGAACAAGGCGGCCGCCAACACGGCGAGGAGGCGCGGUUUAGCCAACGCGUACAGUACAGUGAACGUCGCCCGCUCGGAGUCGAGCUCGGAGGCGCCGCGCCCGCGCACCAAGGACGCCGCCGACGCUACUUUGUCAUCGUCCCAACAGUGCAGCACGCUGACCGAGCAGCUGACGAAGACGGCCAGCAAAGUGGUGCAGCUGUACCGCACGCUGCAGCGGGAGCCCAACGCGGCCGCCGAGAUCAGCGGCCUCGAAGCGGCGAUCCUUGAAACGCAGAAGGUCCUUCGAGCCGCCGUGCCCGGCGAGCCGGACAACAGGCAGAGAAUUGACAAUUUACUGUCCAAAGAAGGCCCCACAACUGGCAACCCAGCGAUAACACUCAUUGAGCAAUACUCAGAUAUAUUGCUCAACAUGAUGCAGAAUAAAAUGGUGAAUCAGUUCUCGCAGAGCCCUCAAAGCCUCCCCCCCACCUCCCGGGAACCCGGCACAGACAGCUAGUAUAAGUGGCAACACUGACCUAUGUGAAUUUUGAAAAUAGAACCUCAACCUGAACUGUGUGAAAAAGAAGUAUUUUGAAAAUGGAAUUCGGAAGAUUCGAUCUUCGAAAUUGUGUUCUAUUCGAAAACAAAUUUAAAUCUCGAACGGUGAAAUUUUGAAAAUGACUAUCUAUAUCCAAAUAUGGAUUUUAAUUGUGGAACUGUUUUUAUGAGUGGAAUGUGUUCAUUUUCAUGUUGGUAAAGUGAGAGUAUAAUUUGAAAUUUGAAAUUGAAUUUUGACAAUGAACGGAAUUGCAAUUGAGCUAUGGAUAUUCAAUUGAACAGAAUCAUAACAAUUUAAAUACCUCUACUAGAAAAGUCCCGUCUCUGUCUUUUGUUUUAAAUAACAUGAGAUGUCAAUAUAUUGGAUUAUAAUGCUAUCAUCUUACCUUUGAAAUGAAGCCUUACCCACACUUCAGUGUAAGCUUUACGACAAUAUUCCGAAUAUCACUUUAAAUAGCUUUCGUCAUAUCUAACAAUUAAAAUAUAGAAUUAAAACGCACAGAGCUCAUGAAGCGAGUCAAAAAUUACAAUUCAACAUCUUUAAUUUUCAGUCUUAUAGCAUUGAAAUGGUUUAUAAAUGAGAAAUUUUGAAAGAAAUGAAAAAAAUCGUUCACGAGGCGGAGAUUCGAACCCGCGUCUUUUUGCCAAACCGCCGUAAAACUUUCUCCACAUCUAGUUACCAUUAGAAAGGAAAGUUGGUGGCACUGUAUUUAAUUUGUUAAUUUUAUAUAUCAUUAUAUUCAUGUUAUUACAUUAUAAAUAAUCCCAGAAUAUUUACAAAUAUAACGGAAUUGAAUUGAAUAACGGAAAUGAUGAUUGAUAUAGAAAUAAUAUGUGAAAAAAAUUUUUAUUGUUAUUUAAUGUAAAUUCAUCGAAAAUAAUCUCUCAAUUCAAAAUCGUUAGUCAAAAUUGCUGUUGGAAUAAUAUAAUAUACGUGACGAAUAGCAAUGCAUGAAAAUAUCAUGUUGAAAUAAUAAAAGGGAGGGAAUGUGGAAGGGAGUUGUAGGGAAAUAUACAUAACUGUUUAAAAUUUUUCUUGUAAUGAAACGAUUCGAAGUUAGCGGAAUUGUUUCUAGGAAUUGAAUAAAAUAUAGAAUUAGGGUGGUGAUAUUUAAAUUUGAAUUGCAUAAUAAUAAAAUCAAUGGAUUUAUUUGUGGAAUUGAAAUGUUAAAUUUAUACAAUUAAUGUUAUUUAUUAUAUAUCAUUUACUGAAAUAAUGAGACAAGGCCUUUAUAUAUUUAAAAUAUACAUUAUCUUUUCAAUAAAAUAACUUUUAAUGCAGAUAUUUUUAUUAUUUAAAGUAUGGUAAUUUCAUAUUUUAAUGAUAAGUCCAAAGAGUCUUGUCUAGCUUAAUUUUGGUUAGAUCUUUACAGAAUUUCUAGUUCUUGUAAUUGGUUGAAAGAAACCAUAAAUAUUUAUUAUUAUAUUAUAUUGAAAUAUUUAUAAAAAUUCAUGGUAGUUCCACCGAUGGGAGAUUUCUUAGAAUUGCGACUGGAAAUUUCGAAAUUCUAAUACAAAAUGUGCAUUUAUUUUGGCGGCAAUCCGCCAUCUUGAUUUAGACGUCAAAUGUCAAAUUUGCGCGCGAAGCGGGACACAUCGCAACAUUGCCGUAUUACGUCCGGUUUGUAUGCUUUUUCAUUAUUGUUAAUGUUUUGAAAAAACUAAGACGAAUAACGUUGCGGGAUUUGAGAAAUUAAUGAGAAAAGAAAGAAAGAUUGCAUCUUUUUUCUUUCUUUAAUGAGACACUUGGAGUAAGCGACCCACAACGGAUGUGAUGUAAAUAAUUUAUGUAUAAUAAUCAUCGUUGAAUAUUUUUAAAAGUAUUAUAAUCUAACGCUAGUAUAAUAUUUUCUGUGUAUUUCAUAUUGUGAUAACAUAACUUGUAACGUACCGAUAUCUGUAACGGUAACGAUAACGGUAACGGUACCGAUAAAUAACGGUUUUUAACGUCCCAUAAGUCAAUAUAGUAUAAGGUUAUGUCACAACUAUUGUAAUAAUUAAUUAUAAUGAUAUCACAUCUAACGUUUGUCUUUUUAUUGUAUUUUUUGGUGUAAUUUCUAUUUAUUACUGUCCAUGUAAAUCAUAAUAAAACAGCGGUGUUACAGUCACGUCUUAAAGCAGUGCUAAUUCCAGUGUGAGAAAGUGAUGGACCUAUGUAGCUCUGUCUUUAUCUCACGCUGGAAUUAAUGCUGCUUUAAAACAUCACGCAAAUCACUGGUGGUAUGGUGGGGACAUCAAAUAUAAAGGUUAUCGGUAUUUAUCAACUUUUAUUUCAACAUAUUUCGCAUGAUAUAUUAUUCUACUUAACUUAAUUGUAAAUGUACAUACUCAAAUUAAAAUAAAUAUAAAUUAAUAACAGAAAAAUUUAAAAUAAUUAGAAAUUGUACCAAUAAUAUACAAAGGAGUGGACGCAGAGGGUUUUUUUUUUAUCGCCUCAUCAUAUUGUGGUUGAGAAAUAUGCCUGAUUAUGGCUGAGGGUAUUCCAGUAAUACCAUCUUGAGUCCCAUCUCGGAGAAUAUCCCAUUUAUACCACUCCCACGAAAUGAAUCCCAUCUGACUAAAAUACUAUACCGAUCCCACCUAUUACAAGUCCCAUUUAUAGCAAUCAUAAUAUGCAUGAAAAUUUAUUUUAAUUCUGUCCAAUAGUUUUAUAAUAUAAAUAUCUUCAGCCUAUAUCACUUAGUACUUUCUCAAUGAUAAUAUUUUAAAUAUUUAGUAGCUUUGUCAAUUGCGUUGUGUAUGUUUUGUAUUUUUUAUUUGUAAUGUAUGGAGUUGUAUGAAAUAAUAACAUUCCUUAAAUGUAGAUUAUAAUCGUCUUUGAAUGAAAAAAUAAAACAUACAUUCUUUUUUUAAAAUUCGAAUGCUCUUGAGAAAAAAAAAAUUCAAACUUGAAAAAAGAAUAGUAGUUGAAUUCGGUAUUUGAAAUAGACAUUCCAUUUAUAGAAAUUGUGUUUGUUUAUGCAAAUCCAUACAUUGUAUAACUGUCUAUUGGUAUUAAAAAGGGAAGAUAAUAAAAAUAGUACUAAUAUCAAAUACAGUAUGUUUGUACGUCGUCCUACCUACGUAUCUUUCCUUUUUGAUAGGAAUCAAUAGAAUUCGUAUCAUUUUCGACGGAGCAAUUUUGUAUCUUAGAUAAGAUCUGUAGUAUUGAUUUCUAGUUACGGGUUAAUGUAUGCAUAAGGGGCGCAAGUUCGAUUCCCAAAGUUAGCGAGGGUGUAGAUAUAUAGUUAUUUUAUAAAUGUUCAAAAUUGUAAUGCCAUUAACGGAAGACUAAUGUUUAUAUUAAUGUAGGAAUAUAAUAAUACACAAUAUAAUUU